ACCUUUCAGCCCUCAGCUUGAGCUGGCUUGAGGGCGACCAGCUAAGAUUGAAGGUGCUGUGGCAGCAGUGGAUUGCUACGCUACGUUGCCCUGUGGUAAGAUUACAGCCUGCCGGUUUAAAAUCUAGGGGCCAGGGGGUCUUGAGUCUUCAAUGCUGUUGUAUUGUGCGGUCAUAGCUUGGUUUUUACAGUAAAUCAAAGGACAGGGGUGAUUGCAAGUACCGGGCGCUGCGCCUCCUUAACACCACCAAGCAUCACACGGCAGCGAGGAGCAGCGAUAGGGCUGCUCAAUGCAUUACAGCAUUGGAGAAGAUGGAAGCGGAAGGCUGUGCAGCUUCUUGCCAGUCAGAGCAGCAGGAAGUUCCGACCUCAUGGUCGAUGUACUUUCCACAAGAGCCGUUCAACAAGGAGGAUCGCAGGGCAUUGCUGAUUGAGAACCUUCUGCUCAGCUUCAGAACUCCUGCAGGAAAGGCACUUCUCAAAAAUGCUGACGUCAGUGGCCGACACUGUGUGCUGCCAGUUGAUCUCCAGAUUCUCAGCCAGUGCUCGGACGCUGCCGAAUUGACUUUCGCCCUAGAGUUUGCCCCAUACGAGGCGCUGACUUGCUUAGCUGCAGCGGCACAUCAGGCACUGGUGUGGGAGUCAAGCGCAUCAUGUACAGGACCCUCGUUUGAAGAUGUGGCAGCUGAGAAGAUCCAAGUCCGACCCUACAAUCAUCCAGAUUCCCUGCUUGCCCUCCGCAUGCUCAAGGCACAGAGUAUAGGACGCUUCAUCUCAGUGAGAGGAACUGUAGUUCGGGUCAGCGUGGUCAAGCCUAUCGUGACUGGCGCAGACUUUGUGUGCCAACGCUGCGAAACUGUUCAAACAUGCCACUUUGUUGAUGGCAAGUAUGAGGCACCAAGCAACUGCGCGAUGGACGGCUGCCGUGGCCGGCAGUUCUUGCCAGACCGUGAGUCUGCCACGACCGUCAACUGGCAGAAGAUCCGGCUGCAGGAGGUGGUCGCGUACGAGGGCCAGGAAGAGGGCCGCAUACCCCGCACUGUUGACUGCGAACUGACAGAAGACCUGGUGGACACGUGUGUUCCGGGGGACGUCGUCACAAUAUGCGGCAUCGUCAAAGUGAUCAACACCGACCUUGACAUGGGGGGAGGUCGCACCAAGAACAAGAACCAAGCCCUGUUCUACCUGUACAUAGACGCUGUGUCCGUCACCAGCGCGAGCAGUCAAAAGAACGGCGCAGAUGAGGACGAGGACGAGCGCUGCUCCGCGCCUCCGAACGCGCUCGCUUUCCAGCCGAGAGACCUCGAGUUUGUGGCCAAGUAUGCAGAGGAGCACGCGGGAGAUCAGUUCCGACAGCUGCUGCACUCGAUAUGCCCGGCCAUCUACGGGCACGAGCUAGUCAAAGCCGGCAUUCUCCUUGCCCUGUUUGGCGGGACCCGGAAGCACGUGCGAGACCGCAACCGGGUCCCGGUCCGUGGCGACAUACACGUGCUGGUAGUUGGCGACCCCGGGCUCGGCAAGAGUCAGCUCCUUCAAGCAGCUGCGUCAGUGGCGCCACGUGGCAUCUACGUCUGCGGAAACACGACGACGGCUGCGGGUCUGACGGUAGCGGUCGUCAAGGAUGGACUGACGGGGGACUACACAUUCGAAGCAGGAGCCAUUGUCCUGGCCGAUCGAGGCCUUUGUUGCAUUGACGAGUUUGACAAGAUGACCACGGAGCAUCAGGCUCUCCUGGAAGCCAUGGAACAGCAGAGCGUCUCGAUCGCAAAGGCGGGCCUGAUUGCGAGUCUGCCCGCCCGAACCUCGGUGCUCGCGGCUGCCAACCCUGUGGGGGGCCACUACAAUCGGGCCAAGACGGUGAACGAGAACCUAAAGCUCGCCCCCGCGCUCCUCUCGCGUUUCGACCUCGUCUUCAUCCUGCUGGACAAACCGGACGAGAUCCUGGACCAGCGCCUGUCCGAACACGUCAUGUCGCUUCAUUCCAAGAACAGCAGCCGGCAUGCGGCCGCCAAGCAAGCUGUUGCACAGUACGCUGGGAACGCUCCCCGAUUCGUAGAUGCGGACGCGCCCCUGUCGGUCCGGCUCAAGCUGGACUCCGUCCGAGAUGCGGACUUCGCGCCACUUCCAGCGCCCCUGGUCCGCAAGUACAUAGCAUAUGCCAGACAGUAUGUUUUCCCGACGAUGUCGGCAGCCGCCGUCGAAGUGCUGCAGACGUUCUACCUGCAGCUGCGCGAGCACAGCCACGGCGCCGACGGCACGCCCAUCACCGCCCGCCAGCUGGAGAGCCUCGUCCGCCUAGCCGAGGCGCGAGCGCGCGUCGAGCUGCGGGAAGAGAUCACCAAACAGGACGCCAUGGACGUGGUAGAGAUCAUGAAGGAGUCGCUGUACGACAAGUUUACGGACGACCACGGCUGCGUCGACUUCGGGCGCAGCAGCGGGAUGAGCCAGCAAAAGGAGGCGAAGCGCUUCCUGGCCGCGCUGCAGCGGAAGUCGGAACUGCAGCAGAAGGCCGUCUUCGAGGUCAACGAGCUGUACCUCUUAGCGGACGACAUCAGUCUGCACGUGCCGGACAUGGAAACGUUCAUCGAGAACCUCAACACGGCUGGAUACUUGCUCAAAAAGGGGCCUCGCUUAUACCAGGUCCAAUCGUCGUCCCAUGGGGGGACCCAACGAGUGGUUCAGUCGCAGUAUGCCACUCAAAGAAGGUAACUGUUGAGAGCAUUAAGCAAAGUUUUUUGAUACUUUUGGCUAGCAAGUACGAAUUGUUUGCAGCAACGAGUGGCGAGAAUCGACAGUGUUAGAGAUCUUGAAGUAUGAGAACUUACUGUCAAGCUUUGCUUCUGUAACCGUGGCGAGAGGCCAGCGCACUCCGCAGAAAUCAAACGCCCUUCUGCCAGACUUCAUUUACCACAGGAAAAUUACAAGCAUCAGGUGGCACAACAUGCCCUUUUCAAAAACCACUUUCCAAUGCCCUUGGAAUUGGGGAUCAGUUGCACAUUUAACUACGGGAAGCAUGCCAAAAUAAGAGAAACUCUGAAACAGUUUGGCC